CUCAAGUGCUGUCCUUAGUUAUGCAACAGAGUGUCGCUUCCGUUGUAAGAGUGGGUACCAGCACCAAGGCCCUGGGCUCAAGAUUUGUGGACGGAAAAAGACCUGGACCCCACCGGGAAACCCCUUCUGUACAGGUAAAGACCAUAUCAAAAAACGUAUGAAAUUAUGUGUGGCACUACCUUGGUCUCAGUUAAAAGCGAACUGCUUUCAUCAGUCCGGAAUAUCCCUAAAUUUAAGGACAGGGCCAACUGGUCACGCGACACUUUUCAACCAAUGAGAAGGCGCGCUUGUGUUUAUCAACAAACAAAUCAAAACAUCGCCCCAGUGAUCAAAAAUUUUCAAAACAACGGACGGAGUCGGACAGAAUCAGUCAUCGUUUCGAGGUUCUCAGGCAUAUUUUUAAGACUUUUCAUGAGGCAUACACAAUUUUUUUAAGUGGACAGCGUAUCGGAAGCCAUAUUGGAAGUGUCUCGUGAAAUAUUCAGCACAUUUUGUGGCUUAUUCUUCUUUUAUCUUUUAAACAACGCGAUGUAUAGGAGAGAUUUUGGUCGGCUUUCAAGGUAGGUGAACAACUUGUAUCUAUUAUUUUUUCGAUUCAGAGAUUUUUUACGAAGUUCUAGAUAUUUUUCCUCGAUUGUCAUAUCGAUUAACUUUUAUCAUGUUGAAUGUGGGGGUGGCAGACAACCUAGAAUUUUGGUAGACAAUUUUUUAAUUCCGAGGUCCAAAGCCCGUAGGUUUUCCACUCCCGGGUUUCUCACAAAAGCCGUGUUAUUACUUUUUUUCGCAUAAGUACGAGCCUUUGCCUUUUUUCUUUUCAAGGCCAAAACAACUUCAUUAGUCUUAUGGAUAUUCACGUCCAACAUCUCGCCUCACUUUGCCGAAUUUGCGGGGAUGAAAUUGAAGAUCACAAGCGCAAGGUAGAUACUAACCGCUUUGUUUCUGAAAUUCACUAAUCUGGAAAGAUUUAAUGUUGUUGGAUUCUCCAAAUGUUCACCCGCCGUUAAAAAAUAAUCUUAGAAACAAGGCAAAUCUCAAUUAUAAAUGCUGUAUUUCGCUACUCAUUGAACAUGCACUGAUUAUCUGGGAUAAAAUUAAAACGUUGCAGGUACUACAGCAAGCAAAGAAAGCAACAGAUGCGUGAAGUCAACACGAAACAACACAAAAAAACAAACAAGAAAAAUUAAUAAAUUUCAACUACUUUCUAUUCUGGUUAUGAUGACUGGUUCUUUGAUUCUUGUCCUGUAGAAGUUAAUAGGUAGUACCAAUGCUGUUUUGUACGAUCUCAACAAAUUUUCACACUCUCUCUAAGGCUAUUUUUACACGGGACGAGUUUGCUUCUAUCAAAAAUCUUGCAAGCCAUGCCAGUGAAGCCACGACCUCUGCGAUCGGUCCGGAAUCAGUUCGAACACCCCAAUGAUUCGUUGCAAUGAUUAAUGCUCUAUAUUCUCUUACAUGACAUGUUUUCUUUGAAAUAUUAAAUGUGAAACCUAGACGAGUACUGAAAGCUCAUCUGUAAUUCUGUCCGACUCCGUCCGUUGUUUUGAAAAUUUUUGAUCACUGGGGCGAUGUUUUGAUUUGUUUGUUGAUAAACACAAGCGCGCCUUCUCAUUGGUUAAAAAGUGGCGCGUGACCAGUUGGCCCUGUCCUUAAAUUUAGGGAUAUUCCGGACUGUUCAUUGAAUAACAACGCGUGUUUACCUUAUAGCACUAUUUGACUAGUAUUGUGACUAACGUGCUCAUUGUAAACAAACAAGUCUCGUCGCGUUAGCUAGUUCAAUAUUCAUUCAAGGCGUUGUUGUUCCUGUUGUUCGUCUUUCGAAAAAAGUCGAAGAUGACCAUGACUUCAGACUGAGGACUACCGACGAUGAGUCCGAAGAUGCUUGUGAGGCCAAUCCGAGCCCGUAAGGCUCGCCCACACAUGGGACAUGAGUGUGUGGGUGCUGCAGUGAAAGUGGAGGGUACUCUGGCUUUGCGCGCGGCCAUUUCCUCGCUGUACCACUGAGGUCCGUCAGUUUUCUGCCGCGAGAGCCCCUGUGGUGACUUUGCUAAGCCAAGUUGGACGGUCCUGAACAAACGACUCCCAAGAACUGGGGUUUAUGUCCCGGUCUUUGAGGGACUCUUUGACGCAGUCUUUGAAAUGUUUUGUCUGCGUCCCAGUCGAGCUCUUGUCCUGAUAUUAUUCUCCAUACAGUCACGGGCUCUUGACAGUAGCUGCUUUGGCAGUCGGCUGACACGCAUUCUGGCGAAAUGACCAGUGCUUUCUGCUGUAGGAGGGUGUGGUUAUUCAAGACCAAAACGCAAAGUUUCGACUUUUCUCAAAUUAUAAAGAAAUACAAAUGUGAUUAUAACGAAAGAAUUUGCCUUCAAAGUUAUAAGAUGAGUGGUUACACACUUUGGGUUGCUUAUUCAUAAUUUGAUUAGGUUCUUUGCUAACCGUUUACUUUAUUCAAAGACUAUUCAAGGCCAACGUUUCAAAACUGUCCGACAAAUAUCUACAAAACUGCCGACCGGGGUACCACGUCGGCAACAGCAACAUGGACACCUCCCACGGCUACAGACAACUCCGGCGUCAUACCAAACAUGACGCUUACAGGAAAGGGACCGUGGGAAAGAUUCUCUGCUGGCAUGCACAAUAUCCGGUAUAUAGCCAUUGACGGUGCAGGGAACAUUGGGGAAUGCACAUUCAAAGUCUUUGUUACAGGUAGCUGUUUAAUAUCAUUUAACCUCAAAUUUAAGUUACUUCAUAUAAAAAACGAGAUGACCGCCAUCCACCUUUCUUAAUGACGUCACAGGUACCCAUCAAAGUUUUCCCACGUAAUAUUAUCACCUACUUUUGAAAAUAAAGCACAUGUAAAAUAGUCUUAUUCCAUACAGCGUAGUCGUUACCCCCUUGUACCAUGGAGAACGCCGUAUGGAUUUGCUAGAACGUUAAAGGGAUAACAUUUCCCUAAAACAGACCUAGAUCUUUACGUAAACAACAGAAUCAGCACAGGUUAAAAUACGUAAGUGUGCAAUUGAAAAAAUGAUCAAGAAUAUUGACCGUAAAUUAAUCCCGCGAUUCAACGAGCCUACCUGAAAAACCGUCAGGGUCAUUUGAUACGGUCGGUGGAUGCCUCAUUUUGACAGCUUUGUAUGACUUGGAUAUUUUAUGGCGUAUAUCCACUAUAUAAAAGAAUGACAACACUGCAUUCUCGUUUCGGUUCAAUAUGGCUGUUGUAGUUAAAAAUUAUCUUUGGCUUAAAUGUCAUGAUUCUUUUUCUUCGAACGCACCUUUCCUAAAGUGAGUUUUACCAGUGGUUUUUUAAUAAAACUGUGAAAGGAAUGAAAUCAGGAGUCAUUUCAUAAGUAGGUUGAGCAUGAUCGUCCGGGUGAUCGUAGUCUUAAAUAGGACUGUUUCUGUUGACAGUGACUGAGGUUUGGACAACCUGUGCGGUAGUCAUCUUCAGAGUUAUAGUGAGAUGUAUCACGUCAGUCGAUGCUAUUAAACUCGUGACCUUAUUGGUCAAUUUAGUCACGAUGUAUUGGUCGUCUGCCAGUUAAGCCGUGAUGUUUACGAGCACUUGUGCUCUUAGGCGUUUACGUGGGUAAAUAAAUUAUUGAUUGAUUGAUUGAUUGAUUGAUGUUAUUAGGUAUGAAGACUCAAUAUGUCAUUGGACAUGCGUUUCGAUCCUUCUAUUGUCACAGUUGCAUUGCUUAUUGUUAGUCAAAUUUUCAGUUCUCCAGUCGUUCUCUCGUAGUUAGUUUUGCUUGAGUCCGUCAAUAAGUUGUUUGUACGGAGCUAGUAAUUAUUGACUACUGAUUCAGUGGCGUUUUUCUAGGUUAGUAAACCAGAUUUCUAAAAUGAAUUGUUGAUAGCAGUCUUUAAGGAACGUAAUACAAUUGUUACAGAGUCCCAGUCGAUCUGAUGUUUAGUCUGUAAAUGGUGUUCAGCACUGAAUGUGCUUGUUUACAUCACGAUUUCUUGUCGCCCUUUUGCGUUCAGUUAGUUGCUUGCUAAGGUGUCUGCCGGUUUCACCAAUGUAAGUAGCCUGGCAGUCGCAGCAUUUGAUCUCGUAUACUGUUCCUUGUCUGACCUCCGCUUUGUCUUUGUCCUUGACAUAAGUUAGUAGUCGUCGUAAAGUAAUUAUCGGUUUGUGUGCAACGCGUAUGUUGUAAGGUUGUAGCAUACGUGCGAUAGUUUCCGAGGUGCCUCUGAUGAACGUUAUAGCCCCUGUCGCAACAGGGCCUGAGUGUUGGAAUCGGCGUUGCUGUGAGUGUUCCGUCUAACAAAGUCCACGUUGUAGUUGUUUUAGCUAAAAACGUUGUUUAGGUAGUCAGUGUCGUCUUGUAGGUUGUCAGGUAUAAAAGUCGCAAACUAAUUGCGCUCGUCUUAUCAAACUCCGUAUAGUUGUGGCCUUGUGAGAGGUCGGAUUGUAAGAUGACUGGUUAAGUAAGCCUACGAGCAAGCUCUCCACUUUUGGCGAGCGAGCUGCAAGGCCGCGAGGGGCGGAUUUAAAGGAGCACUCGCGUCUCCUUUCGCCUGCUGCUCUCCCAUGAUUUUUCGCGACUCCCCUAAAUGGAGAGCUUGCUCGCAGGCUAGUUAAUUGUCGUUCGUAGUCUGUGGUUGUCGCGGGUGACCAAGUAGUCUAGUCUCCUUGGUAAAAGGUAUGUCCACGCUCUGUCUGUUAAGGAGAUCGUGAAGGUAGUCGAUUUCGUUAGUACAGCGGUAAAAGUGUCGUCAACGUAGCGUAACUAAAGAGAAAAAUGUCACGCGUGUGGCCAUUUAUCCCAAAGAGUUGAUAUUUAUAUUCGAUUUAAGAGUCACUCGUUUCUUCUUUCCCUUCCUCGGCGCCAUCCUUAUAGUUCUUCCUAACCUGAUUAUUAUGUGCGCAUGUCCCAAAGCGUCGAAGUCUUUUAUUGGCUAACCACUUAGCGAAUCUUUCUUUGGGAAAAAAUGCUCCAAAUUAGCGUAUACUUACCUUAACCUUUCCGAUGUUUUUUUUUUCCAAGAGAGACUAGAGCCGAGUUCCGAACUUUCGAAAGGGACUUGACCCGGGUCAUUUGUCUGUGCCCCAACGUUAUGAUAAUCAUAACUUUGAGGCCAAAUAAAAAACAACGAUGAUCAUCACUUUGGUCUCGAGAUCAUGUUGCUUCCGCAAACCGGUUCGUCGGGAUGCAGACCUCUCGAUCGAUUUCCUAGAGUCGAAUUGGAAAGACUUGCAAUAAAAUAAAAUCUAUAUUUAAGCCAAAGAUAAAAUAAAACCAAAGAACAGCCGCUUGGUUUGCGUAAGGGUGUUAAUUCUCAUUGCUUUAGAUGGUGGGCUGGACAAACGUAUGCCAUACUGUCACGUGACAACCGAUUAGAUACCAGAUUCUAUUACCAGUGGUGCUCCGUGCGCGCUAUUGUUAGUUUCCUGUUGCUUUCUAGCGCUGCAAACCUGUUUACGUUACAUCAUUACUCUUGGAAAUACAUUGAACUCCAAGAAACAUUGCGAUUUUAACAAACACUUUAUUUUGUACUGUCUUUCAGUGGUAAGAUGCUUGCCCAGGUUAUAUGGACCGGCUGGAGGCAGCAAAGUUUGCACCAUGGAUAACAUGUAUGGUUCGGAGUGUUCCUUCGAAUGCCAACCUGGUUAUAUCAUGCUGGGUUCGGCCAAAAGAACUUGUGAAAAAAAUCUGACGAGCUCCUUUGGCUUCUGGACUGGAAAUGAUACAAUGUGUGAAUGUAAGUUAUAUAUCACAUGAUAUCAUUUACGUGUUAAUAUUUGCAGGCUGUUAGCUCUUUCCUUGAGAGUCUGAAAUUGCAAAAUAUAAGGACCAGUUUAGAGGCUGGAAUCGAGGAGACUUCCAAAUUCUUCUUGUGUGCCAUUUUUUCAUUUCUUCCAGACCUUCUUCUUGUUGUAGUUGUUCAUUAUCAUCAUCAACAGUAUGAACAAUACAUCAACGACAAUUUCACCCACCGUCAUCAUCGAUCGUCAUAUUCUUCGACUGAAUGCCACUCUUAUUAUUUCUUUUUGUCCCUUGGAACUGUGCAUACGUUAACUGUGACAAACUUUUAGAUAGUCACAUUUUCACAUUAGAUAGUCAAAAAAACUAUAAAACCUAUCAUUAUUUACUUUUGUUUUUAGUGGUCAGGUGCCCUCUCCUUCCUCCUCCUCCUCACAGCGUUCUGUCAGGCUGUGGAUUCGGUUCCAUUUAUAAUGUCUUUGGUGACAAAUGCCUUUAUGAUUGCGACAUUGGAUAUCUCAAAAUAAACGGUUCAAGUGAGAGAGUCUGUCAGGCAAAUGGGACAUGGUCAGGGCAACCACCCGACUGUCAAGGUGUGAACAUAAACAAAGCGUUAAAUGGUUUAUUCAAUUGCUUUUCUUGUUACAGAUAUCAAAACGAAAUCACUAUUGAUGAAAUGGAGAGUUCUCGGUAUUAGAACGCUCUUUCCCAAUUUGUUUUGGCUCUUGGGCCAUUAGUUUGUGGGGUUUUUGCUGAUAAAAUUCCCUUGCCAUUUGGAUUAGGUAGCGCUCCGUGAACCUUUUAUCAUUGAAGGGAAUAGACAAACGCUUACAUGAAAUGAAUGAGCAUUAGAAAAUUAAUACUUUUGCACCAUGCUUUUCUUAGUCGUUAGUUGUCGUUCCCUGGAGCCACCAAAGAACGGGUCCGUAACACCAAAUUCGUGCACAGCCUCUCCAGAAUACGGUAAAACGUGUUACUUCUCAUGUGCGAGAGGCUACAGACUGCAUGGGGAGCCAUUUGCUUUCUGUCAUAGCAACGGACAGUGGUCCAUAAGCACCAGUGCUUUUUGUGAAGGUUAGUAUAAUGUUUGACUAAUUCUGAUAGGCUAUAUGCAGAUUCAGUUUCUGUGGUCACUCCAAUUCAUUUGUUUUUCUGAGCAAAGGAAUGUAACCUUGCAACUGAAUUAUAACAAAUACUAUUAGGCCCAACCAUUCUGUCAUUAUUACUUUAAAUUCACGCGUAUUAAAUUGUCAAGGUAUCUAAUCUAUUAAAACGUUUUAUAUUAGACGUGGAAAGACCUUCGUUUGGCUCAACGUGCCCCUAUGAUAUAAAACGCUACGCUGACAAAGGGAAGAACUACACAGCAGUAAGCUGGCCUUCAGUUUUAGCUACUGAUAACUCAGGAGUGACCCCGAAUGUUUCUUCUACUGGUGUAGCCAGAAUAUACUACACAGGAAGGCAUACCGUUAUAUACAUCGCCAGCGAUGAAGCUGGGAAUUCCAGGAUCUGCAAGUUUGACGUCAUCAUUGAGGGUAAGACGAGACUUGGAAAUGCAUUAAGCACGCAAUCUGCAAAGACGGUGAAACAAAUAUAUCGAUUAGCUGAUAAAUUUUUACAUCAGACCCCAAGUGGAUAAGGCCAUUGCACUGGAUAAACCUCUAUCCAGUGGAUAACGCAAUCGGCCAAUUUCUAUAUAUUAAAAUUCAUACUUGACUCCGAGGCUUGGGGGAUUAAAACAAAAGAAAUGCAUUAUUCAUUGCUAUCCUCAAGAUGAUUUCGUUUGUUUUAUUCCUUUUUAAGUUUCGAUAAAUUAAAAUUCAGACUUGGCACUGAGGCUUUUAAGUCUCAGUGUCUGAAUUGGUCUAAUGGCUUGCCUAAUAAACAUCCGCCGGACAGUGAUUUAUCAGUUGAAGGCCCUAUUAAAAGUAUGAAGAACCUGAGCCUGGGUGAAACACUAAGCAAGUAUUCAAAUAAGUACAUCUCCCAUACACUAAGGGCGCUUUCCAAAGGUCAGAACUGGCCGGCCGGACCAUGGCUGGACAAGACAUAUUGGCAAUGAAACAGGCUUUAUCCAUCUCCUUCGUGCAUAAUACUGUACUUAGGAUUUGACUGACCUGGAUGGUUAGUUUUGAUUAAAACUGAAAUUUUCAUUACGAUGGGAAGGGGCGGGCCGGUCAGUUCUGACAAAUGGAAAGCGCCCUAAAAGACACUAAGAUAUAGUAAUGUAUCCAGCAGCUCGAAAUUAACUUAUUCUUGCUUUCUGUCAUAGUUUUGCGAUGCCAAACAAUGUUCCCUCCGAGGAACGGUUUUUUGGUGGGCAAGUGUGAGAAUUAUUUUGGGUCAACCUGUACAUUUGGGUGUGACGAUGGAUACAACUUACUUGGUGCAGAAAAUAUAUCGUGUGAAGCAAGCCCUGGUCACAUCACGGGUUAUUGGGACAAUCCAGUUCCUGUCUGCAAAGGUAAACACAGAAUGGUGUAAGACAUUUUUUGUAUAAACAAUGAGGACAACAAAUACUAGGUGGUUAAUUGAGUGACCAUUUUACCUAUUGAUGCUAAAUAACAAGGAACGACUGUGUUCCUUUCUGAAGAAAAAACGGAAAAUGGGUGCCUGGGAGUCUGGGAUGUCUGGAGGCCUCCACUUUGACCAGCCCGGCCUUUGGACAGAUAACCGCUCUCAUGGCUGGCAAUCCCCGCAAGCUCCCACACCCACUUUUUACGGUGAGAGUGAAAUGAACUGUAUGUAUAAUUAUCUUGGUCACUGUCGUUUUUUAGUCCUUAUGGUUAUUGUCGAACACCAUCACCAUUAUCACUAUCACUACGAUCAUCUCCACCAUUCAGCGACAUCAUUAUUGUUACCACCAUGUCAUCAUCAUUAUAAUUAUCGUUAUAUCGUAAAACAACCUAUGAUGAACUUUCCUCAAACAGAAAAUCGACUAAAGAAAAAGCUUUUUGUUCUUGUUUGCUUAGUCCGUAGAUGUUCUUCAUUAACGGUGCCGCAGUUUGGCUAUAUUUAUCCUUACAUGUGCUCAUCAUAUCCAAUAAGUGGAACUGUUUGUUAUUUGGAAUGCAGACAUGGAUUCCAAAGCAAUGGAGGCGUAACGGUGUUGCAGUGUGGGAAUAACGGAAAAUGGAACCAAAAUGUAUCGUCUACUUUGCAGUGCAAAGGUAAGUCAUUUCUUUGGCUUUUUCGUCUGUUUAAAACAAAACAGAAAUUAAAUUGAACAAUGUUGUUUUUCUAAAAUAAGGUGCUUAAGUAAAUCAUGGCCGCCUUUAGUCGUGAGCUUGACAGAAUGUACCGUGGUUCAAGUCCUCUGAUGUGACAUUAUUAAGGGUUGCAUUUCUCAUAUGUUGCAUUGCAGACGUUGUUCCUCCCGUAUUCAUGAGCUGUCCAUCCGAUAUUCGCGCCAGUAUCAACGAUAAUUCGUCGGCAUCGGUAAACUGGACUUUUCCUGUGGCUACUGACAACAGCAACGAAGCACCGCAGAUCACUGUAUCACCAGCUGGAGUCACUUCACCUUACACGUUUUACACCUCUACUGUCAUUACCUACACUGCAACUGAUGCGAGUAGAAACAAGGAUGAGUGCUCAUUUGAAGUCUCUUUGCAAGGUCAGAAAAUACUGGGGCAUUUAUAAACGACUGUUUUCUGUAAAUUAUCGGUUCGGAGAAGCAAAUAUUGCCAAGAAUUUUCUAUUGCUUGAAUAAGGCUAAAAAUUUCUAGAUGAGCGUUCCAUUCAGGUGCAAUUUUCGAAGCUUAUCUAAAAAAUUCCCUACGAUUUUCAGAAGUUUGACUUUUCACAUUUUACUACCCCAUGUUAGGCUAAUUUUCGUAGAAAAAGGAAACCUAAAACUUUCAGAUACAAAAAUGUGAUGGAGGGAGGAAUAAGAAAAAUUCUCACUUUCGUAAAACGUUUAAUUGCGUCUUAAAUUUUCGGGAAAAUGGCAUUGAAGCCCUUGUAAUUUCGAAAAGCCUCAAGUUCCCCCAGGAUGACCGAACCGGAUACAAAUUUUAUAGCGUCGCUUAAAAUUUAUUUCUAGAGAUCUAAGAGUACUCUGGAUAGCCCAAAAAGUGUUUUCAAUGUAUUUAGCAGGAAACCGUCGUUGGGUGCCCCUGAAAAUAUUCCUUAUUGAGAAAGCAUGACUGAGGUUAAGAUGGCUGGAUGUUGGCGAGGAUAUUGGUCGGACAUUUAAUGGACUGAGAGGAAAUCGAAGUCCAUAGAGACGUAAAAAUGCCACACUCUAGUCGGCAAGACCGAACUUUCUUGGAAUACAAACUAGCGAUUUAUGAUAAGGCCAAAAGAUUGAAUUUACUUGCGAUGACAACGCGGGCAAUCAAGAGCGGGCCAGAUAGACCCAUUUUGGAGCUGGAGUCGCCAAUCAAAGUACAGGAUUCGCUUCAUCUUGUCCGCUCACAAUUAGUAAUUUGUAAUAUAUUAAAGAAAGUUACCAAUUUGUUUCAAACUGGCCUUUUUCCACAUAAAAAAGUCAAAUUUGCCAAACUCAGCACAAAACAGGUUUGUAACGUGAAAAAGAGACCGUUGCAAUGUUUAAUGUUAAAGAAAGUCACCAAUUUGUUUCAAAUUGGCCUUUUUGCACAUAAAAAAGUCAAAUUUGCCAAAUUCAGGACGAAACAGGUUUGUAACGUGAAAAAGAAGCCAUUCCAGUGUUUAACGUUAAACAUAAUACUUGCUUAAAUAGGUUUUACCCAUUCCCAUUCCUCGCCGGAAGUGGACCAUAUGUACCUAAGCAUACAUUUGUGUCUAAUGUCAACCUCCAAAUCAAUCGCAUGUCUUAAUUUAUGACAAAUCUGAACCACCCUUUUCUAAGAAUUCAUUUUAUUUACAGACAAUUCAGGCCCCGAGGUUGUAUACUGCCCACCUGACCAAAACAUAACUGCAACACAGAUGAGGACAGUUGUAACAUGGAUCUCCCCGCAGUUCAAAGACAAUAGUAACAGUCCUUUGUUCAUUACAUGCAGCCAUAAAAGUGGGGCACAGUUUUACUGGGGAACCUGGAACGUGCAUUGCACGGCGUUUGAUAACAAUCCAAAUAACAAUCCCGCCGUUUGCCAGUUUACCAUCAGGUUAAAACGUAAGUCGGUAGUAAGUGACAUCAUCACCCGGGGCCACCGGAUACCCCUGUGAAAUUCUGUUGGAGGUGUAGGGUAUGCCUCUUGACAACCAGCUAUAAUUUGCAUGACUUUUCCUACCCGAUUUCAUACCUGAACAGCUGUUCUCAAGAGACGAAUGACAAAUAGAGGACACACCAAAUUCCAGAUACAGGUAGCAGAUAGUACAAAACCUUACACUAUGACAGGAUCCAGACGGUUAAAACCUAUACUUAUUACCCAAUUUCGGACCAAUUGGUCACUUUGACACACUUUCACAGACCCCCAAUUGCUUUCUAAUCAAUUUUCAUGACAUUCAACGUUCAUUCCAUAUGGUAAUUUACGAUCACCAAACUAUGCUAGUUUUACAAGUGAUUUCAGCUGGUAGCAUAAAGUAAAAUGAAAGCCUUGGCAACAAGCGUACAGCAGCCCUCCGUUACAGUGCGAUUACUCAAACCGGGGAACUUCGAGCAAGAGUAUCCAAUCACAACGUUUUUUGAAAACAAAAGAUUCUCAACUUUUUUUUGCAAACAGACCAAUAAAUUUCAAGGUUAACAAUGCAGCCGUUGAAAACUUUAAAACCGUUGAUAGGCAGCUAUAACUGAUAGGCAGCUUAUUCUUGUCUAUUGUAGUAUCAUCAGGUCUGUUUUUGAGUAUGCGAGUCCCGCUUGGGCUGGCCUCACGCAAUACUUAAGUGAUCAAAUUCAAUCAAUACAAAAGAGGGCGCUAAAAAUUAUUUUUCCUUCUCUGUGCUAUGAGGACGCGCUUAAGAAAUCAGGCUUAAUUUUGCUGCGCCAGAGGAGGGAGGAUGCGUGCAUAACAUUUCUCAAGCAAAGUUACUCUUCUUCCGACCUGCUACGAAGCUUAGUGCCGCGAGUUGCGCACACAAGACCGUAUGCCCUUAGAACAGGAGAAUCUGUUUCUGUGCCUGCCUCCCCAAGAACUAACAGAUUUGGAAAUUUUUGCACUAUCAAAUACCAGAAUCACGUUUAAAAUAGCGAAAUGUGAUAUGUCUUAACAUUAACAGUUAUAUUUACGUGUCAUAAUUCCGAGGUAUUUGUAUGUAAUUAAUGACCCGCCUUGAAAUUCAGUUUAUGCUGCAAAAAGGUUGAAUAAACGAUCAUUAUUAUUAUUGUUAUUAUUAUUAUUAUAACUUACCUGACCUUUCAGAAAACAGCUUUCAAAUUCAUGAAUGUUAUUGGUCCGUUUGCACAAAAAUCUUGAGAAUCGUUUGUUUUUAAAAACCGUUGUAAUUGGAUAAUCUUCAUCCAAGUGCCCCAGUUAGAGUAGUCGCACUGUAAUUUGUCUUUGAAAUAAAACAUACCCCUGCAGAUCAUCAUGCUGGUCUGCCAAUCUGCAAACUCACAAAAUCCCACAUGCAAAACACAAUUAAGUGAAAAUAGAAUAAUCUUACGUUUUCACUAGCUCUGGAAUUAAUUAAGGAUUUGUCAACGUAGAUCAACUUAAUCAACUUUUAGCAUUUACAUAUGUUAAUACCAAAGAAUAACUUUAAAUCUAAAGAGAGGCACAUGGUUGAUUUGAUAUCGAUCUGUACUAAGUUUUUUGUAAUCUGCCUCCAUACAGCGAAAGAUUGCAUUGAUCUGGCGCCUCCCAAGAACGGGGCAAAGGCCUGUGAUGACUGGGCAUUCGGAAGAUAUUGUACUCCCUCUUGUAACAGCAAUUGGGAUUUUACUCAAGAAGUGCCUCCAUUUACAAUUUGGGUAUGUGGAUCAUCAGGGACAUGGUCUCCAUCAAGCCGGUUGCCAGAUUGCUCAAGUAAAUAGAAAACUGGUGUUUUUUUAACUAGUAUAUAUGCUGGUGUUUAAUUUUAUCCUUGGUUUAAUUUUUUCCUUUGUUUCAAACCAUUAUCAUACAUUUGCCUUUCUAACAACUAGGGGGGGCAAUAAAAUGUAAACCAAGGAUGAAAUUAACCCACAAUUAACAUGGACCAACAUUUUACUAAAAAGGGUGUUAUCCGACCAUAUAACUAAGGGGCCUAUUAUCCGCCUGGGCAGAUAACACCCUCCUCGAUCUGCAUAAUUAUUCAAAUCAUACUUAGCCUCAUCCAGUAAUUGGUAAUUAUUCCACGUAGUCUAAUAAUUGUGUUCCUUUCAUUGAGAUGUAUGUCUGAGCCCACUUGUUACGGCGGGUGGAUGACGUCAAAAUUAGUACUACCAAAUUGAAUGGCGUUUUACAGAAAUGAAUGGAUCACGUCUAAAUUGAAGGGCUAACGAAACUGAAUGGUUCAUCGUAAGUGGAAUGGCAUAUUAUCAAAGUGAAUGGCAGUUUACCAAAAUGAAUGGAUUACUUUCAAGCUGAAUGGUUCAUUUCAAUUGAAUAGCAAGUUACAAAAUGAAUGGAUCACCGUCAAAUUCAUGGCUCAUUACCAAACUGAAUGGUUCAUCGUAAAUUGAAUGGCAUAUUGCCAAAGUGAAUAACAAUUUAUAAAAAUAAAUGGAUUACUUUCAAAUUGAAUGGUUCAGUUCAAUUGGAUGGCAAGUUACAAAAUGAAUGGGUCACGGUCAAAUUGAAUGGCUCAUUAACAAACUGAAUGGCACCCGCCGCGAAUGGAAUUCGGACAACAAUUAAAGCUUAACAAGGUUUCUAAAAAAAGGUCACUAAAAAGAACGGGCUUUGUUCAGAGCUUAAUGCAGCAGAGAAUUAAGAGUCUCUGGGUCCCUUUUCAUUCAAUCAUUCAUUAAUUUAUUUUGCCAUUAACCAGAAAUACAACAACAGUAUACAGAAAUACAUUAAAGAUAAUAUACAAUAUUAAUUCCAACUAAGUUAUUUACAAGAUUAAACGUGGUAAAGGCAAGGAAGCCUAUAUAGAAGCCGGGGGCUUAUAAACUAUAGGCUUCCUGGAACUAUAGGGUAAACGUAUACAAGUUAAGGGUACUGAAGGAAAAUUUGGAUUAAUUUUAAAAAAAGGUAAAAGAAAGAAAGAAGAGAAAAGAAGACAAAAAGGAAAAUUAAAAGGUGUGUAGCUCAACAAAGAGUCAAUUUAACUAAGAAAGAAGGAAUUUUUUAAGUCUUUUGCCAAACAAACUGAUACUUUCACUGUUUUGAAUUUCCCGACUUAGCGAGUUGAAAAACGUAGGACCUUGAAACCGAAUUGAGAAUUUUCGAAAAUUAGUUCGACAAUGAUCAUGAGGUAUAUAGAAAAGGCUGGAAUUAGUUCGACAAUGAGGUAUAUAGAAAAGGCUGGAAUUUCUUGUAUUAUAAGAAUGUAUCUGGCUUGCAAGAGAAAACAUAGCACGAAAAUAAUUUGGAAGUAAGCCUCUUUUAAAAAUAUACAUAAAUUUACCUAUUUGGUAUAAAUAAAUGUCCGAGAAUUUUAAAAUCUCCUGCUCUUUAAAAAGAACACCGGUAUGAGCAUCAAAAGAAACUUUAGAUAUUAUUCUGAUUAUCUUCUUUUGCAAUAAUAAUCCGAUUUAAAUUAGACUGAUAUGUCGAUCCCCACACUGAAACACAAUAAGUUAAGUUGAAAUCGGUCAGCUGAAAGUUAUGUAAUAUUUUUUUUCUUACGGAAAAGCAUUAAAUGUGUUUAAUCCAGCAAGACUUUCUAAUUUAUUAAUAAAGCUUGAGCUAGAGCUAAAAGAACUUCGGUGUCUGCAUUUGUUAAUUUACUGUGAACGGAUGCAAUUCAGUGCAUAUCUAUGACCCAGCAUUUUCUUUUUUCAAGGUUGCUGUGCUUGAUCUGUAUAAGAUAACGAAAUUUUUGAAUUAGGGGCAUACCGUACUAUUACUUUUUAUUAAUUUUAUUGACACUAUCAGGGAAUUGUGAGACCUUGUGAAUAUGCCUUUCUUGAGUACACAUUUGUUCGUCAAAAAACGUUGUUUGUGACGCUGCACUUUGUUUGAUUCAGGACCAAUCAAUCUUUUCUGAAGAAAAAAGAACAAAUUAAGUAUGUUAACAUGUCAAAUACUUCAACACUGCUUUAGCUAACGACAACUGUUAACGAAGAAACUACUUCACUGUGAAACAACAACCUCUUCAAUAUAGGACUCGAGAAACAAAAGGUAAUUGAGUCGUAAUUUAAUUUAUACAAUGAAAUUAUAAAGUUUGAAUGAGAUCUGUAUUAGUGUUCUCUCAUAAUUUCGACAGUUUGUUUUGAAUGUUCUGUUUUCAUCUUACAAUGGUGAAAAAAAAAAAAAACAAAAACAACAACAAAAAAACAGAAGAUCCAAAUUGGAAACUGCAUGUCCUACACAACUGCAUUCAUCAACAUGAUCCAACUAAAAAUUUCAUUAAAAGUUUACUCCAAACAUUUAACUCGCGUAAGUUAAAUUUGUGAUUGUUUUUUCUUGGAAAAAACUUUUGAUUCCUUAAUACAGUGAAACCUCUAUUAAGCGGACACCCUCUAUUUUAAGUGGACACUAAGCCGGGUCCUGAAAUUAACGUCUUAUAUUUCCCUUUAUAACGAACCCCUAUUCAGCGGACACCUCCAUUAAGGUCAUUAAGCGGACGCGGACACUAAAAUAAAUUGUAUUUGGCUAAUUUUUAUUCUCAACAACCUCUAUUAAGCGGACACCGGACUAAAUUGACAUUACUAGUAUUGGACUACGUCCUUGAAAUACGUACUGCAGUCGAUUAAUAAAGAUAAAUCAAUACAUUUAGCUGUCAAUAAACUGUAGAUUAGACCGAAAUCCGGCCGUAUGAUUGUCAUCCGCGAACAAAGUUCAUCUAAAAGUCUUGCACAAAGUACAGCACAGCUUUCUUAGCUUCCUUAAAGGAACAGUAUCCCGUUACUGCGCAUGCACCAAACUUUGAUUUUUGGACAGGAUGUCGCGAAAUCAAAAGAUGCGAGGAGGGUAAGAGCGAGAAAAGUAAAGGGAUAUGCCAUUCAAUUUACGAUGAACCUUUCAGUUUGGUAACGAGCCAUGAAUUUAACGGUGAUCCAUUCAUUUUGGUAAAUUGCCAUUCGCUUUGGUAAUAUGCCAUUCAAUUUACGAUAAACCAUUCAUUUUGGUAAAACGCCAUUCAAUUUGGUAGUACUAAUUUUGACGUCAUCCACCUACCAUACCAGCUCCGACGUAGAACAUCGUAUCAGGAACAAGGGCUGAUCGCCUGAUGGGUUUGCUUUUUUCCUCGGGCUUCUUUUGGUAGUCAGUAAAAUUGCAUGCAUAACUGCAAUGAGAUUUCAUCAUUUAAUUCAGAAUAAGCGGUUCAUAUAUGAUUUAUGUCAUGCAAUUUGUUUUGACCAAUUAUGUUGAUCAAAGCAACCCUUGGUAUUCGUUAUUUGAUAGUUAUGUAGAACUUGAAAUUAUCAAAGAACAUAUCCAUCUACUUAUUGAUUUGAGGGAGGGUUUUACAGUGCCACUACACGAACCGAGGCCACCCAGACAAAAAAAAAAAAGACAAAUUUUGAAAUUAGCCAAUCACAAGUCGAGAUCUAAACAAUGAAACUGGGCAUAAUUUUGUACUCAGAGCCAGUUCAAAAUACGUUGCGAACCAGUUUAUAAAUAAGGAAUCAUGACAUUUGUGUAAAUCAAGCUGAAAAUGUUUUGACAAUGUCUGGGUUGGCUGGAAUCAAAGCCAGCAGUAACGAAGAUCCGAACUAUGAAAAGGCAACGGCCGCUCACCAAAGAUUGUUUUUAUUAUUCGAAGGAAUUUUGGGUUUUUCUAUUGUGUCAAUCAUCUUAGCGGACCUCCUAGGAAACAGAUGUUCACUUGAAGGAGUUUAAUAGGUCAAAGGGCAAACGCCUAAUUCAAGUGGAUAAUUUCUCAAGAUAGAAAAUGACCAGAUAAACACAGCUCAAAACAAUUCGUAAAGAUACAAAAUUGCGUGAAACGACUAAUUUAUGUGCAGAAAUAAUGAACAGUGAACGACAAUUACAGUGAAAACUUGGUCACGUGGCAAAAAUUCGCGUUUGCCGUUUGACGUAUACGUGACGCUAAAACUCUAUUGUUUAGAUCUCGACUUGUGAUUGGCUAAUUUCAAAAUUUGUCUCAAAAUUUUGUCUGGGUGGCCUCAGUUCGUGUGGUGGCCCUGUAAUUGGUUACUAGAUUGUAAGGUUCUGUGCAAAAACAUAACAUGCUGCCUAUAACACUUCUUGUUAUAUAGCUGAAAUUUUUCCCAACAGCGUUCCGUCUCAAUGGUUACUUCGAGGUUACAUUACAUCUAACAAUGACACUGCUUCCCGCCAAAAUCUCUGAGCGGGCAACAUUACAAAACCUAUGACGUCAGAGGGUAACAUUGCACUGUUACCAGCGGAUGUUGACCGCUUGCGAGAUUUACCUUCAUAAUUUGAACACGAAAACGUUUUUCUUCGUAAGCUAUAUAACAAAUCACUUAAAGACUGGUCCCUCGGAAGCAGUCAUUAAGUGUUUAUUAAUAUAUUUCCAAUAAAUCACUGCAGAGGUAUACCAAGCAGGUCAAACUAGAAUGGCAAUGGAUUUGUACUAUUUCGACGGAGAUUGCAGUACACCGGAAGCCCAAGCACAAAUAAGAGAGAACUUCAUUCGGAUUUUAAACGGGUCCCUUUUUCGAGUGAUGUGCCAAGAUCCUGUGUUCAAAGAUCGCUGCACGGCUGAGAACGUAGAGGUAACAUGCGGUGAGGUUACGACCGCAAGACGGAAAAGACGUUCAUCAGGUUGGUGUAAUAUUGGUUGAGUAUCAUAGCGGUACAUCCAGCAAAAAGCUGGGACAUAAACCAAUGGACUCUUUCUUGCAGUGAAUCUGAGUUGACUGUACUUCUUGGAAGGACGAUUGACGCGAGAUCGAAGACCAUCAGUCAGUGUAACUGGGUAGUUUUUUAGGACAAUUUUUCCAAAACACGGUUCUUUUUUACUCUGGACAAACUUUUACCUGGAGAUGCUUUGAGUAAUAGCACCUGUCGCUCUAGGAAAAAGAACCUAUGGACCUCAGAAAUAUAUAGCUCAAGAAAUACGACUCUCGGGUCCUCUAAGUCCAGAGUCUCUCGAUCCUUUGGGAAAUAACUUGGGUAUAGUGACAGCAAAAUAUCGAUUAAAAUAACUCUGACCUUAUGCAAAAUAUUUGAACUGUUAAAAGACUGUCUCAAAGCGAUAUUUACAAAGUGUAUGUGUUUAUUUUGGGCUAAUUUUUCCUUUCCUCAGAUGGUGUUGGUGAUCGCAUUCGCACAAAAGUCCAUCUUGAUAUUGUUGGUAAGUUCUGUGCAGCCGAGGUCUAACCCGAAAACGUUCUUCACAGACGUUUGAUGUCUCAUACACCCCGCCACCCCCCCCCCCGCCCAGGCGUAGUUUCUGGACUUUGUUUUGGGUUAUUGCGUCUCACAAUCAGGCAUGUGGUUUUAAUAUGUAAUCUCAUAAGGUGAUGAAAAUCUCCGGGACCUCAAACCAAUUCCAUUUAGAAAAUACAAUAGAAAGUCCACUUCUUGAGGCUUUGUAUCAUACACGCCUUUCUACAUACAUUACAAGUACGGGAGUAAUUCCUAGCCAUAAUAGUGAUUAAAGUGGUGAGAACGAACAUGAGACAGUAUGUUGAUCUCAGUCUCAGAUGGUACUUGUGCAAUAAGUUAUACACUUAAAUUCAAAAUCCUCAUCUACUUUCGGAGUUACAAUCCUUACUAUUCUUGAAGAACAGUAAACGUUGCUUAACACCGGCUUUGAAUUAAUAAAUAUGGAUGAAGUUGGCCAACAGCUGAAAGUAAGAGUCCACUGAUAAAGAUUACAACAAUUUCACUUACAACAAUUGUUUGACAUACGGGCUGUAGCUAGAGCAAUUUUGAAAAAAGAUCCGCGAAGUUUUAUUUUCAAAAAAAUCAACAAUAAUACUUAUGACAUGUAAAUCUUUUGAAGGGCCUCGAUCGUUCUCUUGGGAAAAUUAUUGCUCCCGUGUAAGCCCUGUGUUUCUUACAACGAACGUUUCACCUUUCGCAGUAAUCCUUGGCAACAGUACCGGAGUAGAUGACGAGAAACAAAGCAAGAUCGAAGCAGGUUUAGCAGGCGUGGAGAUCGCUAAAAACUUAAGCAGCGAAAUCAGGAAAGCAGUUGAGAUUGGUGUCCUCAAUCUGACCAUAAACGGCACGGUGUUUGUUCCUGAUGAGCAGUCGUUGAACUUCUCAGAGCCUGAGAUACUUUGUGCAAAAGGACAAUCCUUUAGAGAUGGAGUCUGUGGUAAGUGAUUUCUUAUCCUCACACACAUACACGUAAAGCAGUGGAAAUUAAGGAGCUUUGACAUGGACUUCUGUUUAUGAUAUUGUCUCUGCAUUUUGUUGUCAUUAUUUCAUUAAACUCUAAUGCUGUUUGCAUACAAAGAAAGGCACUUCAUCAAAAUACAACUGAAAACGUGAGAAACGGGAAAACGGAGAAAAGUAGAGGAGUAGCCCACCAGUGGCUUUAGGUGGCCGUUGCAAAACCCCUCGUGAAAACCACUUACAGUAAACCAAAUAUAAUUCACUUUUAUAUUUCAUACUAUUUUUUAUCAUGUUAUUUUUUAAAUUCAUUCUCACUUGAGACUUGAGAAGCAUUAUCUUUAUUACCAUAAUCGCCAUCAUCAUUAUCACCACCACCACCACUACGAUCAUCAUCAUCACCAUCAUCAUCAGAACCCGCAGCACCAGCAGCACCAACAGCAGCAGUAGCAUCGUCACCAAUAUUAGUAUUCAUGAAUGUUAAACGAAAAACCGUCAGGGAUGCGUGACACUUCAAUAGCUGAUAAGGUGAUACUCGGUAAAGAAAUAUCAAAAAGUGUCAAAUGUUUUCAAAAAAAACAAACGUUCCGGGUUUAUGACCCUUUUUCAGUGUGAGGAAAAAAACCCGUUGUACAGGAGGGUCUCAAUGGAGUGGUGGCUUUUACGGUUAUCGGCUAAAAUUUUGGCUCUUUUACGGCUAUCGGUUAAUUUUUUUUCAGUUACGGUUAACGAAAAAGUUAAAAAUUAACUUCUUUUGUUUCAAAGAGUUAAAUAUUAAUUAACCUGUAUAUCUUAAAUCAAAAUAAAGGUCUUCGGAUCAUCCCGGGAUGAAAUAAGCUAUUCUUUUGAAAAAUUUCAACAUUUGAUAUUAUUUUACACAUAGAAAUGUCAAUAGUCAAUUUAAAAAUAAUCUUUGUGAAAAAGCAAAAGCAGACACGCGAACGCCCAUCUCAAGGCCGGGGCGCGACAUUCAUUAUAACAGAAAUGGCCGUUUUCACGCUAGAGAAGGAUUAUUCGUGUGAGACUGGUUAUCCGUUUGAUGAUUCGCGUCAGAUAGGUAGUACUUCUUAAUUUGACAGUGGAAUAGGUUUAAUUUUGAAUGAACAAUCCCCCUGACUUUUGAAGACAGGAUUAAACGUUACAGAUAGCCUGUGUACAGCCGCCCCCUCCCCUCAGGAAAAAAUCGGAGAAGGGGUGUCUGUAGGGAGGGCGCGACUGUACACAGGCUAGUCUCAGACGGAUGAUCCAUUUCUAGCUCUAGUGUGAAAACGGCCUAUGACAAAAUUCCCGUGUCCAGUGUUUUUAAUGAUAGCGAAGGACUGUACGGAACGACUGUCUGCCGUUGCCUUGUCCGUAGGCCACAUUAUUCCGCGCGGCUGACGCGUUUCGGGUCACGUGGUCCGAGCGAGUUCGCCACCGAAAUGCCUUGACCGAGAUUGCGUGGGAAGACGGCGAACAGGGACUAGGAAUGGCAAUGUCUACCGUAGCGUCAGAGAAAAACAGGGAAAUGUUGUUUAUCAGCAACGUGUUUUACAAACAGUGACAUCUCUGCGUAUUGUUUCACUAUUGUUUCGAGGGCACGAUCUCCUGAAAAUUGCAAAUAUUAAUCCCCAGCAAGAAGCCACACUUUCGCUAUGGAAAAAAUUAGUUCCCCGAGAGAGCGCCGGAAAUCGAGCCUAGGUCUUGGUUAACACCUAAAAGGCGCUUCGCCUAACGUGCGUACGGAGUCACACUAGCCGGGAAAAUAAAAAACGCAACCAUAAAUGAGGUUAGUACCUUCCUUAAAAGUAGCAAAUCUAGGGAACACUUUCUUUUACGGUUAACUCUUUCUUACCCUAUUUACGGCUAACGGUUAAAAUUUUUUAAUUUUUACGGCUAUCGGCUAAAUUUUUGGCCGUUUUACGCCCAUCGGUUAACCCCAUUGAGACCCUCGUACAGUACUACGCAAUAUUAUAGACAUAAAAGUGAUAAAUGUCCCACUUCAAGCGAAACUGAAAAUGAUAUUCAGUCCUUUCGGCUGAACGGUGACUAGUUGGAAAAUCAACCGCAUCUCACGUUGCUUUCGUUGAAUGUUAAUACCACUGCAUAAUGCCACACCACGCACCUGGACAUCAGAAAUACUUUGGCCAGUGGAGUUGAAAUGUUGCGCCACAGGAAACCCAGGAGUGUUAUUGUGUAUACUUCGCAGAUGUUCGCCGGAACGACUUCUGAGGUUUCUUCCAGUCUCACCAAUGUGAAGAAGUGGGCAUCGGCGGCAGGAUAUGCAAUGGCCAAGAUUCUCGAUGGACAAGAUUCUCGGAUUUCGCUUGACAAUCCGAGAACCUUGUGUAUUGCAUAUCCUGUACAACGGUUUUUUCUCGCACUGAAGAAGGGUCAUAAACCCGAAACGUUUGUGUUUUUUUGAAAACACUUGACACUUUUUGAUAUUUCUAAAACCGAGUAUCACCUUAUCAGCUAAUAAUAUUAGUAUUCUUCUUUCAUUCCUCACAAUGAUGUAUUUUGCAUUCCUCAGUAAGCUGUUCAUCAGGAACAUACUUCAACAAAACCCUUGGUACAUGUGAAGACUGUCCUGUUGGGUCGUAUCAAGAGGAAGAGUCACAAGAAACAUGUGUGCCAUGUCCACCGAGAACUUCAACGGAAGAAACAAGAUCUGACGAUCGAUCUAAUUGUACAGGUAAUAGCAGCCUGUUGCAGUACUAACACUUAAGCCUAUGCCUUUUCUGUUAUCUUCAGCUUUGUUUUCCCCUGCUAUUUUGCCGACCUAGCUGUAAAUUCAAGGUACAGUCGACUCCCGAUAACUCGAACCUUCAAGGGAAAUCGAAAAAAGUCCGAUUUAUCGGGAGUUCGAGUUAUCAGGAGUUUGAAGCAAAUAACCGGAAGUGAGGAAAUAAGAAAAUGGAUGGGGAGGGAAUGUAAUUAAGCAACAAAGUGUACAGCCAAUGAACACUGAAUUUGAACUGGAGUGACAAAAAAGUAAAGACAAAGAAUUUACUCGGUUGUUUUGAAAUAAAUUCAAUGUUUCGGACUUCGAUACACGGUUUUUUUCCCAACUUGUCACGCGCUUAUAACAUGGUACGAGUUAUCGAGGGUAAAAUUGUAUAGAAAUGAGCUGAAGGGAAACAAAAAUUACUUCGAGUUAGCGCGAGGUUCGAGUUAUCGAUGGUUCGAGCUACCGAGGGUAAAAUUACAGUAAAUGUAAGAGGGAAAUCCAGGGGAAUUCGACUUUGGUUCGAGUUAUCGGGAGUCAACUGUACAGUUAAGCUGAAAGCUUGUAUAAGAUUAAGUGAAGUUGUAUGCGUAUCUAAAUUCAGUGCUAUACCUGGUUAAGGCUAGACACUCAUUAUCAUCGAUAACUGUCCAACAGGCUAUUUAAGGAAAUACAUUACGUACAUAAAAAAGAAAUAACUUCUUUUCAUUUCUUCUACCCGAAAUAGCGCUGUGUAAAGCUGGGUCAUAUUCACCCACCGGGUUAGAGCCUUGUAUUCAGUGUGAAAAGGGGUUUUAUCAAGAAACAGAGGGACAGCGUCUCUGCAUAAAAUGCGGUGUUAACACAACAACUCCAGAGGAGGGAUCAAACAGUUCAAUGCAAUGUGCAGGUAAAAAUGCCAAUUUGCAUUUUAUGAACGAAUAAAACGCACAGACAAACCUUUUAAAUGUACAGACGUCCAUUUAUAGAGUUAAGUAUUCAUUAAAACCUGUUAUCUGUGAGCCUAGAGAAAAGUAUCUGAUGUAACAUAGGUUUAGACUAUCCCAAUUGAAUUUCAAGAAACCCUAUUUUCCAGGCUCUAGUUGUUCAAAAGGUGGAUAGUGCUAUCCACUGGAUAGUGAUUUAUCCAAUUACUUUUCGGUAAUACUUAUUCAUUGGAUAGCGAUUUAUCCGGUGGAUAGCGCUAUCCAACUUUUGAAAAACCGGGCCCAGACGGCCAAAAUAUUCAUUGAGGACUUGGCCAGACCACAGAACAUGGCAAGCUAACGUGUAUGGGCCUAAACAAUGGCUCGCCGUAAACGCCCAUACAGAUCUCCUUUUAAUAUUUUAUCUACCAUUUGUUGACAUAGACAAGAAAUUAUCAGCUAUUUAUUUGGAAAGCUAAAUUAUUAUUGACAAGGGCAAGUAGAUUCGCCAUAAGUACUACAUAAAAGUUUGUCUUUUUCCUCCAGUCCCCUGUCCUCCAGGUUCUUUCUCUCCAACUGGCCUGGCUCCUUGUACUUUGUGCAACCGGCGCUCGUUUCAGUCCCACAACGAGAGCCGCAUAUGCGUUCCAUGCCCUGGAACAACUGCAACCGUCCUGCCAGGUUCAAAAAGUUCACAAGAUUGCAUAGGUGAGUGAUACAGAGCACCUAUCGACACUAAAAUAGCUGUUGCAUUGAAGGGCCACCACGCUCGAUUAAAUAUAGCUACUGCAGACGACUGCUGAAAAAAUAUGAUAACAAUAAAGUUUGCAUGGGCAAGAAUACUUAUUUUAUGUCUCCUUUUUAAUCUUCAGAAAUUAACGAAUGCGAUUCCAAUCCCUGUCAAGGCAACUCUAACUGCACAGAUCUCAUUGCCGACUUUCUGUGCUCCUGCCAAGCUGGCUACACUGGUAAACAAUGUGAGACCAACAUUGACGAUUGUGAGAACCAGCCUUGUUUUAAUAACGGCACCUGCCAUGACCUGGUUAACAAUUACACCUGCACAUGCAGACAGGGAUACCAGGGAUCAAAUUGUGAAGAUGAUGUUGAUGAGUGCAUGACACCCCCUUGUUCCAAUAAUGCUUCGUGCAGCAAUUAUCCAGGAGGAUAUAGCUGUAAAUGCAGACCAGGGUUUACUGGAAAGUUGUGCGAAACAGACGUGGACGAAUGCGAGUUAUCACCGUGUCUAAAUGGAGCAACUUGUAGGGAUGGAAUAAACAACUACACCUGCCUCUGUGCAACAGGUAAGACAAAGUUAGUAAUAUAAUAUAACGAUGUAGUGUAAUAUUAACGUGUAUUAUAUCGCAGGCUACCAAGGAAACGAUUGCGAAGAGAAUAUCGAUGACUGCGCAUCUGACCCUUGUCACAACGAAGGAAAAUGUGUGGAUGCAGUUGGAACAUACCACUGCGUCUGCCUUGCAGGAUUUAACGGCACCAGUUGUCAGCAUAACAUUGACGAAUGUGUCAAUGUAGACUGUAAGAACAAUGCAACAUGUACUGACCAGAUCAAUGGGUUUUAUUGCGCAUGCCAGAACGGAUUCACAGGAAAUAAAUGCGAGGUGAACAUUGACGAAUGCGCUUCCAAUCCUUGCAGGAACCAAGCAAGGUUUGUAUUUAUUUACUUUAAAGUUGAAUUUUGUUGUUGAAAUUGCUUCCAACUAACUUUCCCAAGAUUCAAAAGUGUCGUUAUCAGUCAUGAAUAUACCAUAUAUCAGAUUUUAAGGAAAAACAUUUCCUGCUUCCAGUGUUCCAAGAACUCCAAGGAGAAGUAUAUCUUACUUCAGUACUACAUCUGAUUUAACGGUCUUCAACGGGUUUUAAGUAAUUUCUAAUCAGAGGCAGUAAAUUAACUAGUAAAUUAAGUCAAGAAAGAAAGGAGAGAGGAGAAGAAACGCAGACUUUUCAAAGAACGCUACCAAUCUAUAUAGCUAAGGCGCUGUUACUUCCAUCUCCUUAGGUGUGCGGAUAUGAUUGACACUUAUCGAUGUGAAUGCAAAGAUGGUUUCGUUGGCCUCCGCUGCGAAAACAACAUUGAUGAAUGCGCCUCAAAUCCUUGUUCAAACAAUGGUACAUGUCACGAUGGCAUCAAUAAUUUCACCUGCGCUUGCCCACCGGGUUUCACAGGAAAUACCUGUAGUUUAGACAUUGACUAUUGCUCAUCAACGCCGUGCUUGAAUAAUGCCUCCUGCUUUGAUGGACGCACUUCCUUUACAUGUCAGUGCCCUGAUGGAUUCAAUGGCGACCAAUGUCAGUACAACAUCGACGAAUGCGAGAAUGCAACAUGUUUCAAUGGAGGAACGUGUAUCGACGGAAUUUAUCAAUACACAUGCGCCUGCCAAGCGGGAUUUACCGGAUUCAACUGUGAAUUAAAUAUUGAUGACUGCGCGCAUAAUCCGUGCUUAAACGAUGGAACUUGUAGGGACCUGAUAAAUGACUUUAAAUGUGCCUGUAGGAGAGGUUACACAGGAAAGAAUUGCAGCGUCGACAUUAACGAAUGCUUCAGUUCUCCUUGUCAGAACAAUGGAACAUGCAAUGAUAAAGUCGACGGUUACACUUGCAGUUGCGUUGAUGGCUUCAGUGGAAUACACUGCGAAAGAAAUAUUGACGACUGUUUGGGUCACAGUUGCACAAACGGUUCCAUCUGCAGGGAUGGGAUAAACAGCUACACUUGUGACUGUCGUCCUGGGUUCUGGGGAAGGUUCUGUGAAUCUGAAGUAGACGAGUGCGAGUCCUUUCCUUGUAAUAAUGGUGGAACUUGUAACGAUCAGGUACCGAGCAAUAACAGUACUUCUUCGUAUCAAUGCCCUCUAUAAUACACUGUUUAGUGUUGAUAAACGCAUAUCCCGCAUCAUUAACCUGCAGAUGUAAACGUACACGCCCCAAUAAAGUUAAACUAUUAUGUGAUACGGCCAGAAGUUAAGUAGGAAUUCAAAUGACGUAAUGUACAUCUGAAGACCAAAACGAAAUGUUUAAAGGACUUCUGUAUGACUUCGGAAAGUUUGAUGGAUGACAAGAAUUUAAGAUCAUAUCUCUUUAAAGAUCUGACAUUGUCUUAUUAAGAAACCCGGCCUCUCGUCCGGGGGUUGGAAACACACUAGCAAGCGGUUGCUAUUCGCGAGAACCUCUAAGCUUUUGUGUUUGUUAUAAUGCAUAACAGAGCCUCUAAGUAUAAUGGUAACAAAACUGGAAUUCUUGUCGGGUUUCGCUUAGUACAACAACAACACCAUCAAAUAUAUUAGCAGUCCCAUUUACAGAGGUGGUAUUGCUAUGACAAUCACAUAAAUGAAACUAAUGUAUAGUUAAAAGGACAAAAUGCACAGAUGUGAAACUUAUUGUUUGGCCUGUAUAAUUUAUAGUAACGGUAUGAAUACGUAUUUUGCUUAUAUAUUUCUUUAUUUCUCCUCAGGUAAACGCGUUUAACUGCGCUUGCCAGACAGGCUUUGCUGGAAACCAGUGCGAAAUAAACAUCGAUGACUGCAAAUCAACGCCGUGUUUAAACAACGCUACUUGCGUAGACCUGAUAGCUAACUACACAUGUUCCUGUCGAAGUGGUUUUACUGGGCUCCAUUGCGAGAGUCGUAUUGAUUACUGUGGGGACGCAAACUGCACUCAGAAUGGAGUUUGUGUUAAUCUAUUCACAGGUAAAAGUCACAGUAAAAACUGGAUUCUAUGCAAUCGUUCAUAUCGUCUUGCCACCUCGAUUCCAGUCUUCUAUAUACAGACUUACUUCUAUUCACACUAUUUCGAGCGCGCCAAUGGGCCCUUAGCAGCUCGAUCGCUCUGAUGGGCACUUGAUAGCGUAACAGUCACACGGUACAAAAACACAAUGCACGAGAGAUAAAGGCGCAGUGGAAUCCACUUGAAAGAAAGGAAAGUCUCAUUUUAAAUGAUGUAACCGUGUUUUUUUUUUCUUGCCCCAUUGCGUCCCAUAAGUAGUAUACUAUGUUGGAAAUUAACCCCCUUUGGUGUCUAGCAAGGUCUAGCUAGGUCUAGUCUAUGACGUCACCGAUUGUUAUAACCUGGGGAAAAAGUGGAUUCCCUUUAUUAAUAUGUAUAAGUGUCUUCCUGCAUACUAAUUUGGAUUUCCUGCAUACUAAUUACGUGUCUUCCUCCAUAUAUAAUGAAGUGGAUAGGUUUACUAAUGAGCGCUUCUCUACUACAAUAGGAACAAUAGGCUUGCCUAGACUUGCCCGGUAAGUAACUUAAUUAAAAGGAAAAUAAGAGCGAUCACCUAGCAACGCGAGAAACAGCUUCCUAUAUCUUAUUUAGCGCUAAAACUCGGAUAUAUAUAAACAAGACAUACACAAAGGGGAGCUGAAAACGCUUUAUUUCAAGUUUGUCUGACUAUUACAGAACUGUUUUCUCCUUUCUAUCUCGAGGAAACGAAAACCUAUUGAAGUCUCAACGUUUCACGCGUCGUUAGUUAGGUAAUUAUGCGAGUUCACAAGCCUAAAGUUGAAUACAAAUUAGCUCUACAGGAAAAACCUCAAGGGACCAUAUUGACGUAUUAUUAUAAAACAAAUAACUUAACAAGGAUCAAUUGAUUAAACACGCGACUAAUAAUUGCUAGCAAUAAAAUCAGACACGAGAUACCGUUUAAAACAAAAAGAGUCAAAUAUACAGCGAUUUGAAAGAAAUCUAUUAAAAUAAUUAAAGAAAGCAAGCUAUCGUUUUUUUACCACGUUUCCCUCCACAAUUUUAUUAUUUUCGUUCCUCAAUUCCUUCCUCCUCCUCCUCCUCAUUUUUAUUGUUUUCCCUCCUCCUCCUCCUCCUCCUCCUCAAUUUUAUUGUUUUCCCUCCUCCUCCUCCUCCUCAAUUUUAUUGUUUUCCCUCCUCCUCCUCCUCCUCCUCCUCAUUUUUGUUUUCCCUCCUCCUCCUCCUCCUCCUCCUCCUUAUUUUUAUUGUUUUCCCUCCUCCUCCUCAUUUUUGUUUUCCCUCCUCCUCCUCCUCCUCCUCCUCCUCCUCCUUAUUUUUAUUGUUUUCCCUCCUCCUCCUCCUCCACUUCCUCAUUUCUAUUGGUUUCCCUCGAAAAGGCCAAAAUCAGACCAUCACAUUUGAGUUUGGCCUUAUAAGCCUGAUUUUGGCCUUUUGGCCUUUUCGAGGGAAACCAAUAGAAAUGAGGAGGUGGAGGAGGAGGAGGAGGGAAAACAAUAAAAAUAAGGAGGAGGAGGGAAAACAAAAAUGAGGAGGAGGAGCGAAAACAAUAAAACGAGGAGGAGGAGGAGGGAAAACAAUAAAAAUGAGGAGGAGGAGGGAAAACAAUAAAAUUGAGGAGGAGGAGGAGGGAAAAUAAUAAAAAUGAGGAGGAGGAGGAGGAAGGAAUUGAGGAACGAAAAUAAUAAAAUUGUGGAGGGAAACGUGGUAAAAAAAAGAUAGCUUGCUUUCUUUAAUUAUUUUAAUAGAUUUCUUUCAAAUCGCUGUGUAUUUGACUCUUUUUGUUUUAAACGGUAUCUCGUGUCUGAUUUUAUUGCUAGCAAUUAUUAGUCGCGUGUUUAAUCAAUUGAUCCUUGUUAAGUUAUUUGUUUUAUAAUAAUACGUCAAUAUGGUCCCUUGAGGUUUUUCCUGUAGAGCUAAUUUGUAUUCAACUUUAGGCUUGUGAACUCGCAUAAUUACCUAACUAACGACGCGUGAAACGUUGAGACUUCAAUAGGUUUUCGUUUCCUCGAGAUAGAAAGGAGAAAACAGUUCUGUAAUAGUCAGACAAACUUGAAAUAAAGCGUUUUCAGCUCCCCUUUGUGUAUGUCUUGUUUAUAUAUAUCCGAGUUUUAGCGCUAAAUAAGAUAUAGGAAGCUGUUUCUCGCGUUGCUAGGUGAUCGCUCUUAUUUUCCUUUUAAUUAAGUUACUUACCGGGCAAGUCUAGGCAAGCCUAUUGUUCCUAUUGUAGUAGAGAAGCGCUCAUUAGUAAACCUAUCCACUUCAUUAUAUAUGGAGGAAGACACUUAAUUAGUAUGCAGGAAAUCCAAAUUAGUAUGCAGGAAGACACUUAUACAUAUUAAUAAAGGGAAUCCACUUUUUCCCCAGGUUAUAACAAUCGGUGACGUCAUAGACUAGACCUAGCUAGACCUUGCUAGACACCAAAGGGGGUUAAUUUCCAACAUAGUAUACUACUCCCAUACUCUCCGGCAAGGCGUUUUUGUCUCACGCGACUGUUAAGCUGCUGAAGGGACCGUCUCGAGGUUCGUUGGAGGCGUUUCCAUGUAAUGGCCUUGAUCACAUGAACACAUUUUGAGACGACUCGUGUGAUCGACACGACUAGGACGAUUACAUGGAAACCAGCCUCAACAGAACUUGACGAACUGCCCGGCUGCUAAGAUUUAAACCUCUGCGCCAAAAAAAGGAUAAUUUCAGUAACCCUUUGGCGAAGGCAUUUUAGUAGCGAAACAAUUUCACUUUUUUACCACAUUUUUUUUCACCGGGUUUUCCGCCAAUUUGCAUCGAAUUGGCGUAACAUGAGAUAUGGCGACACUGAAGGUAUAACUUACCGCUAACUAGAUGUAAAUAAGUUUCAUGUUGUUUCUGGCGCAUGUGCAUAAGCCACAACUGUGAAAGUACGACAAGAGUCGGAACUUUGUAAACUGGUGUGUAAUUGUCUUGCUUAUUCCUUUACGGAGUCAUCGUCAUAAACAGUAACACACUUAAGUUGUUGUUUUUUUUUUCGUUCUUACAUACAGGCUUUAACUGUAAAUGCAGCGGUGGUUACUUCGGCGAGUACUGCGAGUUUGAAAUUGACGAAUGUUCAGCAAAACCCUGUUUCAACAAUGCAACAUGCGAUGAUGCCAUCGACAAUUUCACUUGUUCUUGCUCAGCGGGGUUUACGGGGAGGUACUGUGAGCAGAACAUAGACGAUUGUGUUAAUAACUCCUGUCAAAACAACGCCACGUGCGUUGACCACACAUUGGGUUACUCUUGUCUGUGUGCUGAAGAUUACAAUGGAACAUUUUGUGAAACGGAGAUCAACAAAUGUGACACCUCUCCGUGUCAAAACAAUGGGACAUGCAUAGUUGAAAGGCCUGGGUACAUAUGCAGGUGCCCGGAUCAGUUUGCAGGAGUAAACUGCGAAAACCUUACUGACCCCUGCUUAUCGUUACCAUGUCAGAAUGGCGCAACGUGUCACGCUGACAACGCCACGGGAAGCGUCUCUUGUUUAUGUAAAACAGGUUUUACAGGAAGCACCUGUGAUGUGAACAUUGAUGACUGUGCAUCGGAGCCCUGCAUGGCCAACUCCUUUUGCCUUGAUUUGGUAAACGGAUAUGAAUGCAAGUGUUACCCAUCUCACACAGGAGAUCACUGCGACAUAUGUAAGUAACGAUAUCCUAAUAGGUCAUUUCCGACCAAAAGCCUCUGUUUCAAAGCGAGGUUUAGUGCCACGCUAGUGAUAUGGAAAUGAGUUUUCAUUCCCAGCAAAUAAAACUCACUUUCACAACAAAUGUUUUGCACUUAGUCUCAACUCUCUAUUUCAACUGCUUUGAAAGUGAGAGUUUUAAGAACUCGGAAAUGGUCUAUUCCUCAACUUAAUCGAGGUGUUGAAAUAAUUUAUGUAAUGCAACGUCAUACAGACCAUGUCGAUGUGAGCCGUGUACUGAUUAUAGAAGAUCAACAAAAUUAUGCCUAUUACGGGUAGUAAAACAGUUAUCGCUUAACUUUCAUGCACCGCUAUCUCUGUGAUUCUGUGGUGAUAAAAAGGCCGGCUGGUCAAUAGUUUUAAAUUUACAGAAUAUUUUUAAUUCAAAGAUGGUUAACACCUGUGAUAACUCCACUUCGAUGAAUCGCAUAAACAUGUUCGUUGAUUCUGUCGUCAUCGAAAAGAUCCAUUCCAAGCUAUAAAUCGUCGGUUUUACUUUUACAGAAUGUAAUAACGCGACCUUUCAAAGAAAUUAAUUUAUAAAACUAAACCUUUUACAUUCCUUUUUCAGUCCUUGGCAGCAAUUUUGAUUUGAUUUUCAAGCGCCAUAGUACAAGCGACAUGGUUCUUUUAUCAGACGGUAAAAUCAUCCCUACAAUGAGGUUUUUUACCAUCGCCCUGUUUGUCCGAGCAGACUCCGAGUACAGCUCAGGAAUACUCUUCAGCUACAGUGUGCCUGGUGUACCACAAGACGUGAUAAUUCUCUCAUUCACUGAGUCACAGGUUAAGCUGACGAUUAAAACUGAAGUUGUGGCAGCUGAUUUCAAAUUACCAGACAAUCGUUGGAACUAUGUGGGCGUAGUUUGGGAUGGAACGACAGGAGAUGUGUCCGUUUACAUUAAUGGCCCUGAAAAAAAAAAAAGGCCAGGAACAUUCUCAAAGGUAAGAUUUUAUUGCCUCCUAAACCGCAACUGUCAUCGGCACACAAGUUUGAAAAAUCUGAAAUCUUUUCACCUCAUCAAUCAAUUGCAGCCAAACUUUACCACAAAAGACCAAUCAGAUAUAAUAAUUUAGUAUUCUGAACAAAACCAUGGCAUUCAAUUUAGGAGCUAAUCACUAAAUCGAUAACAUGGACUGUAAUGCAAAUGGUCCAUGAUAACUUUGAAAUCAACGAUCAAAAUUGAAUGCACUUUCACGAGUUCAAUUUUAUUGUAAAACUCCAGGUGACACUAUCACUGGAGGGGGAUGGAUGGUUCUUGGGCAGGAGUUCCUCGCUGAAACACAAACAUCUUCGUUAUCGACUGCUUUUGUUGGUACAUUACAUCAAGUCAGCUUUUGGGACGUGCCUGCUACUGCUGAUGACAUGUGGAAUGCAGCACACAACUGUACUUGGCCUAUCGCUGGAAGUGUGCGAGCCUGGACCAGUUUUCUUCAAGGAAUCAAAGGCAAAGUGGAAAAGCGAUUCAUCACGAAAUGUCAAGGUAAUGAGAGUCAGUAACAGGAAGCGCUGCAGACGUUAGUGCCAGCUGCGAGUAAAUAAGAUUAGGAGAAUCCACGUCCUGUGAGGAAAAGGCUACACACCAAUAAACACUUAAUGACUGGUCCAAAGGGAAACAGUUAAUUUUGUUUCCCGACAAUCUCAAUGUUUCCCGAGGCAGAACCGAGAGAAACAUUGAGAUGCGAGUUUCAUUGUUAGAUUUCAUGUGACCUCGAAGUAACCAAUGAAAGGGCGCGCUGUUGGGUAAGAAAUUUCCAGCUAUAUAACAAUACCGUUUUAUGACUCCUGGGCUCAAACGUUUCACAGCAAUAUCGUUUUGAGGCAGACAGAUAUUUAAGUGUCCCGUAUAACGAUUGUUUGACUCGUUUUUCGCUUGACGGGUCGAAUUUAGUGGACAGUCAUUUUUACCCACAGCUUCAUUUUAGCCAACAGAGUUAAUAUUUUGAAACUUUCAGCCUUGGCCAUGUGCACCACAAACUGUUCUCACUUCCUGAACUGCGAGUCUCGCCAGGGAAUGUACCACUGUAACUGCGUCCCUGGAUUCUCUGGACCACAUUGCAACAUUAACAUAGAUGAGUGCAAGUCUAGUCCUUGUGUCAAUGGAAAGUGUAUAGAUGGUGUAAAUCAGUAUGAGUGUGUGUGCAACAAAGGCCACUGGGGAACAAACUGUGAAAAGAAGGUCAACGAAGAAAGAGGUCAGUGAAAAAAGAAAAGAGAACUUAAAGGCACAUUAUCAUUUUUUUUCAGAGUUCCAAAGAUGGGCUAGUAUAAUUACUUACCGCCGUUUCCCAUUAGCCAAAAUGGAGGUUUCUUUAAGACACGUUUGUAGUACGAAGAAAAGUUGAUGCUAUUUUCACUAACUGCCGGCGUUUGCUGCAAGAUAAGUAGUAUUUAAGCUUCUCUAGAGGAAUGUGUUUGUUUACUUCUUAUCGCCUCCACAGAAUGCCCAAGCCUUCAACAGCCUACAAAUGGCAAGAUAUCAUGCAAAAAACGUUCCGGGAAAGAGCUAUGUACUAUAACAUGCAACGACGGUUACUCAUUCAGAUCUGAAUAAGUAGUAUUUAAGCUUCUCUAGAGGAAUGUGUUUGUUUACUUCUUAUCGCCUCCACAGAAUGCCCAAGCCUUCAACAGCCUACAAAUGGCAAGAUAUCAUGCAAAAAACGUUCCGGGAAAGAGCUAUGUACUAUAACAUGCAUCGACGGUUACUCAUUCAGAUCUGAGGCAAUAACAACAUUCGGCUGUGGUCCUGACACUGACUGGAAAUGGAAUGGAGAGGUGGACAUUGACGUUCCAACCUGCACAAGUAUGUACAUUUGUGUCAGUUGAUCUUGUCUCUCUAUGUGGAAGUGAUAUGUUUUGGCACAGAAAAUCCUUCCGGAGGAAAAACUACGUGUUGUAACAUUUUUGCGGGCUUUGAGGUUUUUGCAAAGCAUGCGAACGAAUUAUGUGAGAGUUUGCCUUUGGGUCGAGGGUCGAGGGUAACUAGUCGAGGGUCGAGGGUAAAUGGUCGAGGGUCGAAAAAUCCUCCACAAUUAUUUUUGAACGUCGUCAAAUCAAAAUUUCGUGUUUACUCGAGUUUCCGGUGCCUGUUUUAUUUUUACAUUAACACCUAGGGGCACGUGUAUCAUUUGUCGUUGUAACACUCGAGUAAAUAAUAUUGAAUAUUGAUAGCACACACCCAAUGGUUUUGUUGUCUAAUAUUUCACUCGCUUAUGACUAAUCGAGGGUCGAAAAAAAAUCUCCACAAUUAUUUCUGAACGUCGUCAAAUCAAAUUUUCAAGUAGGCUCGCGUUUACUCGAGUUUCCGGUGCCUGUUUUAUUUGUGUUGUGUUGUUUAUAACUUUUGCACUCCCACGGUGAUGAAGGUGAUAUUACAUUAACAUCUAGUGGCACGUGCAUCAUGUAUCGUUGUAACACUCGAGUAAAUAAUAUUGAACAUUGAAAGCAGAGACCCAAUGGUUUUCUUGUCUAACGUUUCACUCGCUUAUGAAAAGGCUGCUAAUCUGGUAACUUUCACUGUUUGUCUUUAAUAUUUCCCACGUCCACUAGUUUUGUCCUAUGUGAGACUUGGGUCAGCGCUUGAGCUUGGUUUACGAGUGUCGGGAAAGAAAUAUGCGAUGCUUAACUUGAUUAUUCUGUGAUUAAAUAUUAAUUAGAAAUUGACAUUUGUAGCGCAAAGAAGUUAGAUUUCGUGACAUUAGAUUUCACAAUAAUGUAGACAAAGUCCGAGUAUAUUUACGAUAUAAAAUGAUGUAACUGCAUGCAUUUUGUUAGGCUAAAUAAGGUGAAAGAACGUGCGAUUUUGUAAUAGACACUUAAUUUAGAUACAUUACAAUGGGAACUUGUACUGUACAUGUGAUUAAUGUAAAAAUACUGCCUUACGCAAGGAUAGUAGAAAAACCACUGUAUACUUAGAAUGUUUUAGUUGAUCGAUUCGUUGAUCGUUGAUCGUAGUCUUACGAACGUUGAGUAUGUGAGAAUUGUACAUCGCAGUAGAUUGUUGAAUUUGCAUUAAAUCGUGUUAUUACAUCGAAAGAUACAGUCCUCUUGAUUUGUUUGAACCAGCGGAGCGGGAUUAAAAGAAUUCCGCAACAACGAGAUUGGCGGUUGUAUUCUUUUUGGCAGAAUCGAUAUAACCCAGAAGAGAUGUAUACCAAACGAACAGCGGAGAAACAAAAAAAAAGACGCGCUUUAGGGUGCUAAAAAAACAGACGCGUUGUAUGGCGUUGUUCUUUAUUUGAUAGAGUCGAACAUCCGGUUGCGACCACCUACUGUAAGCGACCGCCUCUGCUCAGCUACCAGUAUUCCAAAAUACGAAAAGUUUCCACGACAAAUCACUAUAUUUGAAACCUCUUGUAUGCAACUACCUCUCUUAAAUGAUUCCGACCGCUUUUUAGAGCUAAAAGUUUGAAAUUUGCUUCUACUUUUUAACCAACCGUAAGUGAUCACUUGACAGAUAAGAGAAAGGAAAUUGGAUAAUAAGGUGUUGUAGCAUUAUCACAUUCUUAGGCAGUAAUUUCUCAAAGGGAAGUACCGGAUGUUUUCUCGAAAUUGACUCUUUCUCAAAUCUAAAACUUUAAAGAAAAAAUGCACAUGCAUUGUACUCUAUCUUAAAUCGAAUCUUUUAAAAAUGUCUUAUAGUUAAAGAAAAUUAGAGCUGAGAUCUUGCUUCAAAGUUCUCAGUCAACAGUUUAAUGGUAUUAUGGUAUUUCAGUAUUGAACUUCCUGUCACGCUUCUUUCCUUUGGUUGCUUUAUUUGGGAAUUUUAGGUUUUAAAUUGAAAAAAAAUUCAGAAAUAAUUGUGGACGAUUUUUCGACCCUCGACCAUUUACCCUCGACCCUCGACUAGUUACCCUCGACCCUCGACCCUCGACCAAAAGGCAAACUCAUUAUGUGAUGUGGCCAUUAACCAUGCUCAAACAGAGCUCUUUUUCUGGGGUUCAGGAGUCUUAGUAUAGCCAAGUGGAACGAGGAGUAACAGGAGGAGGAGUAGUUGCAGCUUCACUAGAAAAUACUCGGCCAAUCCUUGAGCAAAAUAUUUACACUGUCACCCUGGUAACUUUAUAGUGCGAAUACUGUGACCGGGGCCACUUAGACAAAGUUCACCAAUAACCUUAACCCUAAAACAGAAUCGUUUGAAAAAAAGAUAGACACCGACUCCGGCCCUGGCCCCGGCCACGACCUCGACUCCGCGUUUAACUGACAACCCACUUUCUUCGCUACUAUCGCCGCAAUUUUCAAUAACAUCACGACCUCAAGUCAAAAAUUUAACUAACGUUUACGUUUUUCGCCUCCGUCAACACUCUAACGGACCUCUCCGGAAACACGGGCUUUCUUCAGUGGGUUCAAAAGGUCACGUCUGUAGGUUGUAAUUGGUUGAUUUCUAUCUUUGUUGUUUACUUCGUUUCGUGGUAAUUAUGAUUGACAACUAACUUUCUCGGAAUGUAUUGUUAUUCUCCUGUAAAUCCGAUUGGUCAACUUUGUCUAGGUGGCCCCAGUUAUAGUAGUCGCAUUGUAAGAUGCAAUUCCCUGUGGUAAUAUUUUUCCACGAAAUAGACGAAUAUCUGUGAAUGAAAUCUCGUUGCCGUUUACCAGUGCACAGCGCUCCGAGGUGUAAUAACAGCUUUCACGCAGUGAUGAACCUAUCUUUCUUACCAACAAUGGUAUUUUCCAGUUUACCAAGUCAUUCAUUAAAAUGAUUUUUCUUGUCAGGCAAGGCAAAGCCAAAGAACAUCGAGCAUCACCUUUCAAUGAAGUUUACUGGAAUUGGGUGUCAGAUCAGUCGAGGUCUUGGCGAUAUUCAUUCAGCUUUGGAGCGAGAAGUGGCCGACACUCUUUCAACAAUACAAGGAUGUCUCGACUCUAACGCCUGCAAGCUGACGAGAAUCUCAGUUCCCGAAUGUGGUUGGACAGCUCUUCAAAAGACAAGAAGAGCAGUCGUCGGCGCAAUGGAAGUAUUAUUUUCGUUGUUAGUCAGACCGGUCGAGUCAGCUUCGAUGACGGAUGAUGUUGACGAGAAAAGUGAAGCUGUGCUAUUUCAGAUGCAAUACGCCAUCUCCACUGGGCAGUUUAGGAUUAGCUUACAUGGUGUCAACAGCACCGCAGACAGGUCUUCUUUUAAACACCUCUCGUCUGACAUCACAUGUAAUCCAGGGUUUGUUAAGAGCAGUGACAAGACCGGAUGUGGUAAGCAGCAAAUAAUAAACGCCAGUAUAUAUUAGUAUCAGUAUAGGCACCUGCACCACUCACGAAACUAAACUCUUGUUAAGUCCGUCUACAAAACAGGCCCGAAAUCCUUGUUCUGAGCCCCCACCUGUGUAACAGGAUUUGAGUACAAGUAGCCUGCGAACGGCAGACGUUUCUCCUCGCGAAACGUCCCUCAGCGGCGAUGAGCAAGGAGAAACGUCUGCCUUUUGCAGGAUAGAGUACGCGCCAUGAUUGGUCUUUUAGAAAAGGCAUAUUUGCCAAUCAGGAUAAAAGGAAAUUCGGAACGUACUUCCAGUAAUUCGUUGAUUCCCUUGCCGAGGGCCCAGAACAAGAUGACGUUACUAACCGAGGUUAAAUUAAGUCUGCGACGCAGGCUAAUAUCAGUAUGCAUAAAACCCGUGUUACCUUUUGUUCUUCAAUAGUCGCCUGUCCUGCGGGAACGUUCUUCCACCAAGAGUCUUCCAAUUGUACAGCCUGCUCCAAAGGCACGUAUCAAGAUAAAGAAGGACAGAGUAGCUGCAAACCUUGCAGCGAUGAAAAAACAACGGGCAAAAAAGGAGCUGAAUCAGCAAACGACUGUGAGACAAGUAAGAAUAGAUAGAUAAGAUAAAGAUAAGAUAGAUAAUAAUUUAUCUUCUCCCCUUGUGCGGUUUUUCAGGGAUGAUGAAACAAAAAAUUUAAAUGGAACAUAACAUGGAUAAGAAUCCCAACUGGUAGGAGGCGAACCAGUUGGCUAUUUUACAAGCGCGGCCAGGGCGGGACUUUAAUUGGGGGCCUCCGAAUCACAGUCCCGCGAUCCAGCCGCUCGGCCACGCUGCCUGAACAACGCAUAGCUGAGGCAUUCAAUGCGUCAAAGUUUCUUCCACUGACUUUGGACAAAAUGCAAAUGUAGUUGAACAUAUAUGUUUUCUUAUCAUGAAAGUAAGACUCUAGUGAAAAACUAGCUUAAGGAUGCGUCUGUUUUCUUUAGUUCCAACAAAAACAGAGGAUGGAACGAGUCUGAUAAAAAUCAUCAUACCAGUGGUUCUGGUAUUUGUCGUUAGCAUCGUCGUCAUAGUGCUCUACUGCAG